GUGGGAAGCCAUACAUCAAGCUCAUCAACCACGGCGACCAAUACAACAGCUGAUUCGGCACACAUCGCAAGUCUGUUCGAAUGUCCAGUGUGCCUUGAUUAUAUUCUCCCUCCAAUAUCGCAGUGUAAGAAUGGACAUCUUAUUUGCUCUAACUGUCGCCCCAAGAUGACUCGUUGUCCAACAUGCAGGGCACGUUUGGGGAACAUUCGCUGCUUGGGAAUGGAGAAAGUUGCAAGCACUGUUAUGUUCCCAUGCAAACAUUCAACAUAUGGCUGUGCAGUAGCCCUUCUACACACUGAGAAGAGGGAACACGAAGAAACAUGUGAAUUCCGGCCAUACUCCUGUCCGUUCCCGGGUUCCUCUUGCACGUGGCAAGGUUCCCGUGAGCAGGUGGUGCCUCACCUUAUGAAGUGUCAUAAAACAAUCACAGCUACUGAAGUAGAGAAGACUGUAUUGACACCAAAAGACAUCGGUCUGGUAGGAGUAAUGUGCUGCGUCAUGAUUGAUAAGGGCUUUGACCACCAGUUUAUAUUUGUAUUUGAGAAACAUGAGAAGUCUGGACACGGACAGUGCUUUGCUACAGUACAACUGAUUGGGACAAAGGAACAGGCUGAAAACUUUAAAUAUAGGUUAGAACUGAAGAGCCAAGGUAAACGUUUGACAUGGGAAGCAACACCAAGAUCCAUCCGUGAACCAUUCUCAUCAAUCAUGAAAUCUGACUGUUUUGUACUUGACACCAUCACUACCCAACUAUUUUGUGAUAAUGACAAAAUGUGCUUCCAUAUGACAAUUUCUAUGGUCUGA